AUGGAGUGCAAGUUUGCCACCGUCAACUCGUUGAAGCACAACGAGCAGCUGCACGAUGGGGAGCUCGUUGAGCAGGGCAAGGUGAAGGAGAUCUUCAAGGGCAUGGUGACCACCCAUGGCCAGAACAAGAUCGUGGGCAAGGCUGUUGCCCCGAAGCCAGCGGACCCCGCGCCCGGCAAACAGGACGCCGCGGGUAAGCAGCAGGACCCUCCCCGCGAAAAGAUGGGGAAGGCCGAUGCAGAGGAGGAGGACGACGACACUGACGGCGAGGCCGAAUGGGAUUUGUUGGGCAUGCUGGACGGAGGCGACGAGAGGAAGGCGAGCGGGGCUGGCAGUUCGGCCGCAGCCAGCAGUUCGGCCAUCGGCGGGAGCCCUUCUGCCGCGACGGACGGCGCUGGAUCGACGAGGACGAGGUCAGCGAAGGCGAAGGCCAAAGGGAAGGCUGCGCCUGGCAACGCCCCGCCGCCGCUGACCAAGACCGCUGGAACGGGCGGGGCUCGCCGAGCGGCUUCUGGCGGCGCUCCUGCUGUCGCGGGUGACCGCGCUGAGCGCGACGCCAAGAUGCAGCAUGACAAGCUUUCUGCCAUCAAUCGCGAGUUCGGCACGUUGCAGAGAGUAUCCGUGCUGGCGCUAGAUAAGAAGCACUUCAAGGUUGUCAAGCACUUGGUCGAGUCAUUGCAGAGCAAGAUGAGGGUGAUGCCGAAGGCUCUUCAGGUUGAGGUGACAAAGUCGCUCAGGCUAGCGGAUUGCCAUGGCAAGAUCACGAGAGCGCACAAAACAUGGGCCCGCAAGUCCACCACUGCCGACUUCCUCGCAGAGCUCAAGGAUGUCGAAGAGAUUGCUUCGAACACGCCUAAGUUGGAGUUGGGCUUUCCAGAGUGCAUUGAGAUGUCCAUCAUCGAGAUGAAGUUUAACGCAGAUGUUGUAGCGGAUCGAGUGAACGACGCUCUGAUCGACGUCGUCACGGUCUCAGGGGACAAGGCUCCGAAACAGAAGAUCGACCAUUUGAGGAUGGUCAGCGCUCUCCUGGCCCCGAUUCCCGAGGAAGGCGCGUCGUUCCCGUCGGGCGUCCACCUGCACGAGGACCUGACCAAGGAGCUCAGGGUCAUCAAGCAGAUGUUCGACGUUGCCAAGUACGACCAGCCCAAGCAGUUGGACGCGGUCAGCGACCUCGAGCACGUGAUCAAACGUGGCUCGUCAGACACGCACAAGAUAUUCUCUGCGACUGGUGCCGGGGACAAGCUCAGGAAGUACGCUCGGGCCGUCCUCUCCGAGCACGAUGCGAAGCUCAAGGCGAUGGACCGAGUGUCAGCGCUGUUGAAGAGCGAGCCGUCUCUCGACGUGGCCAUUCAGUUGGAUAGUGAGCUGUCGCCCUUCAAGUUCGCGGACAAGGCUUGA